AUGAAGCCUUCAACGAUCCUAAAUCUGCGCUCACUUGCCGCUAAAAUAAACCCUCCUCUUCCGCUGAAUCCGCGAGAGUCACAACAACUUCUUACUCUGCUCACAUCCUCUUUUCGGCAGCAGCUUAAUCGCGAGCAUCCUCCGUUUCGAAGCGAAACAGGAGAGCAUCCAGUUCAGCUGAAUGGAUCGUCCCCGAAAGCCGCAUCCGUGCCAAAGACACGCGAGCAUCAAGCAAAGAAUGCCGGUAGCCAUUACUCAUCAUUGGCGUCUGCUGAUCGCCACCUGGAAUCAAUCUUGACCAAUCCUUUACUCGCUCACGGGCCAAAGAGACGGCGUGCUUCUUCCUCUGGUGCAUCUGGCCAGUCGAAGGGAACAUUCAGCGAAGCACAACACAUGGUCAAUGAUCCGAUUGGAUGGUUUGAGGAGCAUGUAGCCUCUGGAGCAGCCACGAUCGAUAUGGCUCGAUACUGCCUUGAGGCGCACGCCAAGGCUUUGUACAGCUCACCAGAUCCAUCAGUUACAAAUGGAAUGAAGAAUUCUGCUGCAGGCUCCAAAGUUCUGCAGUGGAUGCAGUCUUCUGGAUUGGCAUCUUCAAACGAGUUUCUCACCAAAGAAAAGUUUGUGAAGGCUAUCGUUCCAUUCUUGGUCAGUGAAGGGCGAAAAGACGUAAUUUGGCGGUGGCUGAGACGACCGAUGCCCAGUCUUGUCUCUGGUGCCCCAGUCAAUGUUGAGUCUCAGUCACAGCUUGCGCUCCGGGCAAAAGGGCAUUUGCUCCUUACACUUGUCAAAGCCGAGAUAUCGAACGGCGGCGGUAUCAAUGCCGCUAUGCAGCAGUAUUUACAAUCUGUCGCGCAUCGAGCAGAAAUUAUUGACGAUGUGACACCAUUCACCUGGCGAUCCAGUGCUAAACUUCUUGGACCUACUGGCAGGUAUCUCACCCAUCAAAUGAGAUCGAGCUCCCACAACAUGGAGCUUCGCUCAGAACACUUUUCUGCCUUUGUAACAUCUUUGCGAUGUUGGGCUAGUGAUUUUGAGCUGUAUGCUGCGAGCCUUCAUGCUCAGCGGUCAGGUGCCCCAGAUUGUACUCCUGCACUGAGAUAUCUGCGAAAGCUCUCGAAGGGUUCUGUAACCGAAGCUUCCGUAAAACGGCGCAAGAAGAUUGUUGAGUUGAGCUUGGUUACCGCACGGUUAUUGCUCGAACAAAACAACGUCCCGGACGCAGCCCGGGUCAUGGAUUUUGUCCGCAGCAACUUCCCAGAUGAGCUUGGUCUCCGUGCACAUGAUUCUGCUCGAGAGCUCUCGGCAGCAGAAAGAAGAGAUCGGGUUGAGCAUGAUGAAACGGUCAACUUACAAUUGCUAGAGGGGCUGGAUCUGCGAUAA